ACAACACAGCGACGUCGCUGGUGGGAGAAAGAUGGCGGCGUCCAAGGUGAAGCAGGACAUGCCUCCUCCGGGAGGUUAUGGUCCCAUAGAUUAUAAACGCAAUCUGCCUAAAAGAGGACUUUCUGGAUACAGUUUGUUUGGCAUCGGUAUUGGAGUAAUGGUGUUUGGCUACUGGAGGCUUUUUAAAUGGAACAGAGAGAGGAGGCGGUUACACAUUGAGGAACUGGAGGCCCGGAUAGCUCUGUUGCCUUUGCUGCAGGCUGAACAUGACCGCAGGACGCUGCGAAUGCUGCGUGAGAAUCUGGAGGAGGAAGCCACCAUCAUGAAGGAUGUCCCUGGCUGGAAGGUGGGUAAGAAUGUGUUCCACACAGACCGCUGGGUGACUCCACUAACAGAGGAGCUCUUCAACCUUCGACCACGCGAGGAGCUGCUGCACAAAAAGUUUGGGUUUCUGUGGUAUGUGUAGGAUCCAUCUCGCCUUCGGAUUAUCGUUCCAUCAGCCCCUAUCGACACUGCUCGGCAAUACCAGGCACUCUGUUUAUGUUCAGACUGUAAAUGUUUAAAAUAUUAAAUACUUUCUUUGAUUCUCUAAACGUGCAA